AUGGAAAGCCAAAAUUCAAACCACAAUCAUAGCAGGACACCCACUGUAUCAAUCAAUGGGAACAGUGUCGAUCCCGAGGGACAGCGCCCAGUACUUCAAGCCUUGGGCCUCGAGUCAGCGGAUGCGAGUCAGUCUGACUAUAUCCUGGUUCAAUCAGUCGAGCCGCUCUCCAAUGAACAGGAAGACGAACUUGAAUCGAUAGGAGUUGAUAUCCAGGAAUAUGUUUCCCAUAAUACCUACCUCUGUGGGUUUAAGGGCACAGACCUCGAAUCCAUACGCCAGCUCCCAUUUGUCUCCUGGGCCAACGUCUAUCUGGACAUGUUUGUAAUUCAGGAUAGCUUGAAAACCCAGGGUAGAACAAGGGAGUUAGCAUCAUCUCCUGCCGUGCCGAAAGACCGUAUCUCUAAAACAGUUGACGUUGUUCUUCAUAAGGAUGUUGACACUAGUUCCUCUCAUGUUCUCUCGGAAAUUGCUGCAGCUGCGCAUGCUGACCCUGAAACCUUGGAUGUUGGAUCCUCUAAGGUUCGAUUUAAAGUUCAAAAUCAGUAUUUGGACGAUUUGGCCCAUCUUGACGCGGUCAAGGUCAUUCAGCCAGUUUAUCCGGCAAGACUGUUCAACAAUCGGGCAGCACAAGUUCUUGGGGCCCCUGUCCAAGUCAAUGGUACCAAGUACGAGGGCGAAGGACAGGUGGUAGCUGUAGCAGACACAGGGUUUGAUAAAGGAUCUAUUAUCGAUACCCAUCCUGCUUUCUCGAACCGAGUAAAGGAGCUCUAUGCCCUAGGACGUUCUGGGAAAGCAGAUGAUCCAGAUGGCCAUGGAACACAUGUCUGUGGAUCUGUUCUUGGGGACGGGUUCUCUGCGCCUAUGGGAGGAAAUAUUCGAGGCACAGCCCCAAAGGCUACUUUGGUACUGCAGUCUCUCCUAGACCGACGCAAUGGUUUGGGUGGGAUCCCUCCCGACUUUGCAGACCUUUUCUCUCCUCCCUAUGAAAAGAGCGGUGCUCGAAUCCACACCAACUCGUGGGGAUCUUCCGACCCUGAAAGAAGACAGCUUCCGUAUACGGAAUCUAGCGCGGAAAUUGACAAAUUUGUCUGGGACCAUCAGGAUAUGGUGAUCCUCUUCGCUGCUGGGAAUGACGGCAUAGAUGCAGACAGGAAUGGUGUCAUUGACCCAAGGCAGAUCGGUUCCGAGGCUGCUGCGAAAAACUGCAUUACUGUUGGGGCAAGUGAGAAUAAUCGCCCAGAGAUCCCUAUCACUUAUGGUCAGCGAUGGCCAAGCGGUCCAAUAGGCAAGGAUCUGAUGGCGGACAAACCCGAAGGCCUAGCAGCCUUCAGCAGUCGCGGACCUACCCUAGAAUCUCGCAUAAAACCUGACGUUGUUGCCCCUGGAACGGCGGUCCUAUCAACAAGGUCACGAAAUGUGGUCAAUGCUGAUGCUCACUUUGGUGCAAGUCAAGAUUCCGAAUGGUGGUUCCUAGCUGGCACUAGCAUGGCCACUCCUCUGGUGGCAGGGUGCGUUGCGGUCUUAAGAGAGACUUUGGUUAAAAGUGGAUUACAAAACCCUAGUGCUGCUCUUCUCAAAGCAAUGCUUAUCAAUGGAGCGGUUGCAAUACCCGGGCAGUAUGUUCCAAGCGAAACUGGCCCAUCUCCCAAUAGUAACAGCGGCUUUGGUCGAGUCAAUCUGUCCAACUCAGUGAUCUUACCAGACCAAGUUGGUUGUGGAUAUCGCGAGGGUGGAGCACUCGCGCAAGGUGCAAGCGAGGAGCUUCUGAUCCAUAUCCUAAGCCAAAGAGAUUUCAUCAAGGCCCAGGAAAAGUCAACCAGCACUACCGCUCCAAGUGGACCAGUACUGAAAGUGACCUUAGUCUGGACAGAUUGCCCAGGAAAGAUGCUUCAGAACGACCUGGACCUUAUUGUAAUCAGUUCGGAUCAAACUGAAAAACAUGGCAAUAUGGGCGACAAGGCAGACUUUGAUCGAUGGAAUAAUGUGGAACAAGUUGAGUGGAUGAAUAUCCCCAAUGGCAAAGUCAAAAUCAUUGUACGUGCGUACCACAUCUUCAACAAGACGUGUCCCCAGCCGUACGCCCUUGUUUGGAGCAUCAACCAGUCUCCAAGAAGUACGAGUACUUCCUACCACAAGAAAACCGAACUUUAA